UGAGGAGAUUUUUUUGUUGGUGUGUGGCGGCCAUUUUUCCACCUCACCCUGACAAAUCUGUCAAUAUAGUCACUCCACCCGGCUCCUACCUUUUUUAAAAAAUCCAACAAGGACUUUUCCUCCUGUAUUUUAUUAAUUUAAAAAUCUUCCUUAUUUGCAUUUCCUUUCCCUGGAUAAAAUCUCACCCUUUCAGGAUUUUAAUGUGAAUCUUCUGUGUUCCCCCCCAUCUCUCUUUUAAAAAAAUACAUUAGUUUAACAUUCAAUGAUGCCGGCAUCUUUUGGCAAUGAGGAGGACGGGAUGGAAAACGAUGAGGGAGCCCCAGAGGAAGAGGAGGAAGAAGAGGAAGAGGAGGAGGAGGAGGAAGAAAGUCGUGAAGUAUUGUUCUCUGAAGAAGAGCCAGCCAAAGUGAAGAAAAAAAGGAAACCACGGAAACAGAAAGAGAACAAGACUCCCAAACUGAAGAAGAGAAAGAAAGAGGAACAGAAGUCGUCCACAUACUUAAUGGAUGAUUGGGGUUUGGAAGAUGUGGAUUAUGAGUUCACAGAGCAAGAUUACCACACUCUGACCAACUACAAAACCUUCAGUCAGUUCCUGAGGCCGCUCAUUGCCAAGAAAAACCCGAAAAUCCCGAUGUCCAAAAUGAUGACGGUGCUCGGUGCCAAAUGGAGGGAGUUCAGCGCCAACAAUCCUUUCAAAGGGACCUCGGUGGCUGCAGCAGAGGCAGCGGCAGCUGCGGUGGCAGCGGCAGUGGAGCAGGUGAUUGUGGCACCACCGGUACCGAUUCCUCUGCCACCCCCUGUUCAACCCCCCGUGCCCCUACGGAAAGCCAAGACCAAAGAAGGGAAAGGUCCUGGAGUUCGGAAGAAAAGUAAAAGUGCCCGAGCGGCUGAACUGAAGAAGAAAGGAAAAGGAAAGAAGAUGACGCCUCUGAAGAUCAAGUUCGGAGGUUUCAGCGGCAAACGGAAAAAGGGGUCUUCAAGUGAGGAAGAAGAUCAUGGUGAGUCGGAUCUAGACAGUGUGAGUGUCCACAGCUGCUCCUUGAGGUCUGACAGCUCUGCUGGUUUGGGCAAGAGAAGAAGGAAAGCUGGCAAGAGGAAGAAAAGAUUGGAGGAAGGUGAUGGGUAUGAGACAGAUCACCAGGAUUACUGUGAAGUGUGCCAACAAGGAGGAGAGAUUAUUUUGUGUGACACCUGUCCUCGGGCCUAUCAUUUGGUCUGUCUGGACCCAGAGAUGGAGAAGGCCCCUGAGGGAAAGUGGAGUUGUUUGCACUGUGAAAAGGAAGGAAUCCAGUGGGAGGCUAAAGAAGAUGAUGAAGAUGAAGAGGAUGAUGAGGGAGUGGAAGAGGAAGAUGAUGAUCACAUGGAAUUUUGCAGAGUCUGCAAGGAUGGAGGCGAGCUGCUGUGUUGUGACUCCUGUCCUUCCUCUUAUCACAUUCACUGCCUUAACCCCCCACUCCCUGAGAUCCCAAAUGGAGAGUGGGUUUGUCCACGCUGCUUGUGCACACCUCUGAAAGGCAAGGUGCAGCGAAUCUUGCACUGGACAUGGGGUUCACCCCCGCUGCCACGCACGCCUCCCGCUCUGACAGGUGAAGCCAACGAAGCAGAACAGCCCAAGGUCCUGAAAGGACGGCCUCAGCGAGAAUUCUUUGUGAAAUGGGUGGGACGGUCUUACUGGCACUGCUCUUGGGCCACAGAAUUGCAGCUGGAGCUAUACCACACCGUAAUGUUCCGGAACUUUCAAAGGAAGAACGAUAUGGAUGAACCACCACCAUUUGACUACGGCUCUGGGGAUGAUGAAGAGAAAAGUGAGAAACGAAAGAACAAGGACGCACAGUUUGCACUGAUGGAACAGCAGUAUUAUCGAUAUGGGAUCAAACCUGAGUGGCUCAUUGUUCACCGUAUCAUCAACCACAGCUUUGAUAAGAAAGGUGAUUUGCACUAUUUGAUUAAAUGGCGGGAUCUGCCAUAUGACCAGGCUACCUGGGAAUUUGAAGAGUUUGAUAUUCCAGAUUAUGACACUAUGAAAGAGAUGUAUUGGAAUCACAGGCAAUUGAUUUUGGGAGAAGAUUUAAGACCAGUGAGAAAACUGAAAAAAGGACGUAAAGCCAGGGAAUUGGUCUUUGACCCGCCUCCAGCACAGCCUGUGGUUGAUCCAACUGUGAAGUUUGACAAGCAACCAGAGUACAUUGAUGCCACAGGAGGCAACCUCCACCCUUACCAACUGGAGGGCCUGAACUGGCUACGUUUCUCUUGGGCGCAGGGCACUGAUACAAUUUUGGCUGAUGAGAUGGGAUUGGGGAAAACCGUUCAAACGAUUGUAUUUCUGUAUUCGCUGUUCAAAGAGGGCCACUCCAAGGGACCUUUCCUAGUGAGUGCUCCAUUGUCCACUAUUAUUAAUUGGGAGCGGGAGUUCACGCUAUGGGCACCAUGCUUCUAUGUGGUGACUUACACGGGAGACAAAGACUGCAGAGCUGUCAUCCGAGAGAACGAGUUUUGCUUCGAUGAUAACGUAAUCAAGGGUGGGAGAAAAACCUUCAGGAUGAAGAGCGAGGCACAAAUAAAGUUUCAUGUCCUGCUCACAUCUUAUGAGUUGAUUACCAUUGAUCAGACGAUCCUGGGAUCCAUCGACUGGGCAUGUCUUGUUGUUGAUGAAGCUCACAGGCUGAAAAAUAACCAAUCCAAAUAUUUUAGGGUGCUAAAUGCUUACAAGAUUGAUUACAAGCUGCUGCUGACUGGGACACCACUACAGAAUAAUCUGGAGGAACUUUUCCACUUGCUGAACUUCCUUACUCCUCAACGCUUUAACAACUUGGAAGGCUUCUUGGAGGAGUUUGCUGACAUCUCAAAGGAGGACCAGAUUAAGAAGCUUCACGACCUCCUGGGCCCACACAUGUUAAGGCGUCUCAAGGCUGAUGUCUUUAAGAACAUGCCGUCAAAGACAGAGCUGAUAGUCCGUGUGGAGCUCAGCUCCAUGCAGAAGAAAUAUUACAAGUUCAUCCUGACCAAGAAUUUCGAGGCUCUGAAUUCGAAAGGGGGUGGGAACCAAGUGUCACUGCUGAACAUCAUGAUGGAUCUGAAGAAAUGUUGUAACCAUCCUUAUUUAUUUCCGGUUGCAGCAGGGGAAGCUCCGGUUUUACCAAAUGGAUCAUAUGAUGGGAACUCUCUGGUGAAGUCCUCUGGGAAGCUGAUACUACUUCAGAAGAUGCUGAAGAAACUACACAGCCAAGGCCACAGAGUGCUGAUCUUCUCUCAGAUGACUAAAAUGCUGGAUCUGCUGGAAGAUUUCCUGGAAUACGAUGGAUACAAGUAUGAGCGGAUCGAUGGAAGCAUCACAGGCAAUCAGCGGCAGGAGGCUAUUGACCGGUUUAAUGCCCCUGGAGCCCAGCAAUUCUGUUUCCUUCUGUCCACUCGAGCUGGGGGUCUGGGCAUUAACCUGGCUACUGCAGACACUGUUGUAAUCUAUGAUUCAGAUUGGAACCCCCACAACGACAUUCAGGCCUUCAGCAGAGCUCAUCGUAUUGGCCAGAAUAAAAAGGUGAUGAUCUAUCGCUUCGUCACCAGAGCUUCGGUGGAGGAACGCAUUACGCAAGUGGCCAAGAAAAAGAUGAUGUUGACUCACCUGGUGGUGCGGCCAGGCUUGGGCUCCAAGUCAGGCUCACUUUCCAAACAGGAGUUGGAUGAUAUUCUCAAGUUUGGCACAGAGGAGCUCUUCAAGGACGAUGAAGCUGAGAAGGAGGCAGAGGAGAUGAGAAUGAUCCACUACGAUGACCGUGCCAUUUCCAAGCUGCUGGACCGUAACCAGAACGCCACAGAUGAUGCUGACAUUCAAAACAUGAACGAGUAUCUCAGCUCCUUCAAAGUUGCUCAGUACGUGGUGCGAGAGGAGGAUGAGCAGGAGGAAGUUGAGAGAGAGAUCAUUAAACAGGAAGAGAAUGUGGACCCUGAUUACUGGGAAAAGCUUCUCCGCCAUCAUUAUGAGCAGCAACAAGAGGAUCUUGCCAGGAACCUGGGUAAAGGCAAACGCAUUCGUAAACAAGUCAACUACAAUGAUGCUUCGCAAGAGGACCAAGAGUGGCAAGAUGACCUCUCAGACAAUCAGUCUGAGUACUCUGUCGGGUCAGAAGAUGAAGAUGAAGACUUUGAGGAGAAGCCUGAAGCUGGGAGAAGACAGUCGCGGAGGCAGCUUAAGUCCGAAAGAGACAAACCCCUCCCACCCUUACUGGCACGCGUUGGUGGGAACAUUGAGGUUCUUGGAUUCAAUGCUCGCCAACGUAAAGCCUUUGUUAAUGCCAUUAUGCGCUGGGGGAUGCCACCCCAAGAUGCCUUCAACUCUCACUGGCUUGUCCGAGAUCUCCGGGGCAAAAGUGAGAAGGAGUUCAGAGCCUACGUGUCACUGUUUAUGAGACACCUGUGUGAGCCAGGGGCUGAUGGAUCUGAGACCUUUGCAGAUGGUGUCCCUCGGGAAGGGUUGUCCCGGCAACAUGUGCUCACCAGGAUAGGUGUGAUGUCACUGGUACGAAAGAAGGUGCAGGAGUUUGAAUACAUCAAUGGAAGGUACAGCACGCCAGAGAUGGUACCGGAGCACCUGGAAAACAAGAAACCUGUCGACAGUAUCUCGUCAGAUCCCAGUACCCCAGUGGCAGCCAGCCCUGCCUGCCCCCUGCCUGGUACACCAGCCCCAAGUUCCACAGAAAAGAAUGGCUGCCGUGUGGAGGGGAUGGAUGAUAAAGAGAGAGAGCAGGAAGAGAAAAGGCUCCUGGAGAAUGAGGUUCCCAGUGGUGGGAGCGUUGCUUCUGUCACUGAGAAAUCUCAAGAAACGGUGGAGAGCAAGAAACAAGUCAACGAGGCAGGAGCAGGGGAGAAGGGAGAGUCUGAACCACAGGAGCUGGCAACCCCUUCUCAACCUAAAGCUGAAGAUGUGAACGAGGAGAGAGAGAUUGCUGAAACGCUACAGAACGGAGAGAUAUUAAAAGAAGUGAAAGAGGAAGAAGAGAGAAAGGAUCAGUCUAGCAAAGGAAAAUUUAUGUUCAAUAUUGCAGAUGGUGGUUUCACAGAGUUGCACACGCUUUGGCAGAACGAGGAACGGGCUGCAGUUUCUUCGGGAAAGAUCUACGAUAUCUGGCACAGGAGGCAUGACUAUUGGCUUCUGGCUGGCAUUGUUGCUCAUGGCUAUGCUCGCUGGCAGGACAUACAAAACGAUCCCAGAUAUACCAUCAUCAAUGAGCCUUUCAAAGCAGAGAUGAACAAGGGGAAUUUCCUGGAGAUGAAAAACAAAUUCUUAGCCAGAAGAUUCAAGCUCUUGGAGCAGGCCUUGGUAAUCGAAGAGCAACUGCGGAGAGCUGCUUACCUCAACAUGACCCAGGAUCCCAAUCAUCCAGCCAUGGCCCUCAACGCACGCUUUGCUGAGGUCGAAUGCUUAGCUGAGAGUCACCAGCACCUCUCCAAGGAGUCUCUGGCUGGUAACAAGCCUGCCAAUGCAGUCCUGCACAAAGUCCUGAAUCAGCUGGAGGAGCUCCUGAGCGACAUGAAGGCAGAUGUGACGAGAUUACCCAACAUGUUGUCUAGGGUGCCACCUGUGGCAGCACGACUGCAGAUGUCUGAGCGAAGCAUUUUGAGCCGACUAGCAAAUCGGGGAAAUGAGCCACAACAACAGCCGUUCCCACAGGGCCCCUACGGAACAGCACAGAUGUACAGUAACAACUUUGCACCUACCUUCCGGGGACCAGGCACUGGAGGUCUCAUCAACUACAAUCAGAUGCCUCUAGGGCCCUAUAUCAGUGCAACCACAAAUAUUUCGGCUAUGAGCGUCCCAGAUAAAAAGCUCCUAGCAGAAGGGCUGGAAGCAGGAGAGAAGAAAAAUAAAGUCAAUGAUAUAAUCUGCAUUGAAGAUUGAUGGCAGAGUUCCCCACGGCAUUCCCAGACGACAGCAGUUGAUGCAGUCAUCGUACUGCUUAUCAUCUUUAAACGUUUGUUGGAUAACACAAACUAUU